AUGGCACAAGUUAUUUGGAAUUCUGACAUUGAUGUUUAUAAUAAAGAUGUUAUGCCAAUAAAUAUAGCAGAAAAUAUUGUCAAAUAUUUACCGAUUCAAGAUUUAUUAUCAUUUUCACAAGUUUCAAAGAAUUGUCAUUUAGCAGUAAAUGAUCCUAAAUUAUGGGUAUCAAUGUUAAAAGGAAUGAGAGUAUGGCAAGAAUCCAAACAAUUAACUAAACAAGAUAUUAAAUCUAAUAAAUUUGGAAAUUAUUUAAAUGAUCCAUUAACAUGUAUGGAUUAUAUUUAUCGAUCAAAUAAAAAUGCUAAAUUUCAAGUGAUUAAAAUAUAUAAAUGUUUACAUGAAUUUUAUAAUGAUUUAUUAAUUCAACAAAAUUAUAAUCGAUUAAAAAUUUUUAAACGAUUUCAAACUCCUCAAGAUCAAGUUAAAAUUUUGAAAAAUUUACGGAAAUUUAAUAAAAUUGAUUAUAUUGAAUCAACAAGAAUUAUAGCUAAUGAAAAAAUCAUGCAAUUAUUUGAACUUUUAGAAAAUGCUUUAUUACGUGAAUUAGAAAUUCAUUUUGAUCUUGAAGAUUAUAUCAAGACUAAACAAUUUGUUAAUAUUUUAAUUGAUUUAAAUAAUAACAAUAAUAAUAAUCAACAAAUAUUAAUUGAUUUCUUCUUACAGAAAAGUAUAUUUGAUGAGAAUAUAGAAUUAUUUAAUUUAGAGAAUUAUGAUGAAAUGAAAUAUUUCAAAAUUAAUGAAAAAAGGGGUGAAGAAGAAGAAAAAAUUGAUAGUAUUGAGAAACUGAUUAAUAAUGAUGGUAUUGAUGAAUUGAUAAUUAAUAUUGCCAAAGUAUUCAAUCAACAAAGUCAUAUAAUUGAUUUAAUUUUCCCUCAAUCAAUACCUAUGAUGUAUAAAGUUAGUGAAGAAUUAAUUUCCAAUCAAUUGAGUGAAUUAUUAAUGUUAUUAAUUGAAUCACUGAAAAAAUUUGGAUUAUAUUCAGAGUUAGUACCGAUGAUUUAUGAAAAAUUGACCAUGAAUUUAUUUAUUGAGAAAUUAAACCCUUCCAAAAAUGUUGGUGAAAGUUAUCAUCAAUUAAUAAUUGAAUUAACUGAUAUGCUGUUUGAAUCAUUUACUGCUGAAUAUAUGAGAGAAGAAGUUGGAUCAUUUAAAAAUAAUACUAAAAGAAAAUUAUUAGAUUGGGAACAAUUGAUAUCUAAAAGAGAACAAGAAACUUCACAAAAGAUUCUUGAUCGAGUCAAGAUUGAAACUAAAAAUGAUUUUUUAACUAGUUUUAAAAAUGUUUUCACAAUAAAUUCAUCGAAAAAUAAACAACCCAUCGAUAAUAGUAAGCAUAGCCAUGAUGAUAAUUCACAACUGCAAGAAGAAGUGGAAGCAUAUUCCGAAAUUCAAGCUAAAGCGAAAAUUUUAUCGGAAAAUAUUAAAUCAUUAGAUAAAAUUUUCAAUCCAGAAUUAACUGUGGAAAUUUUAAAUGAUUGUCGAAUAUCGAUUCAUCGAUUAUUAAAAUUUCAAAAUUUUUCAAUAGCUUCUGUAAGACAAGAUAUUUUCCAAUCAAUUCAAAAUUGUUUUGUAGAAUUGAUUGAAUUAAUUAAUCUGGAUCAUUUAUUACCUGGAUUUGAUCGAGCUUUAACUUAUUUACAAACUUAUAAUCCUAAAUCAUCAACGUAUACCAAAUCACAUAAUGAAACUUUUGAUCAACCAUUAAUUUUAUUUUUCAAUUUAAUUAAUAUGGCGGAUAUUAUUAUUCAAAUGAUUGAUAUUUUUUAUAAACAAGAGAUUUUAAUUACUCAACAAAAUGAAAAUUCUAUUUUAAAUCCAAGUUUACAAAAUAAAAAAAAAUUAGAAGCAAUAGUUGAUAAAUAUGUUGCUGAUGGAUUAAAUAUUGGAAUUGAAAUUUUAAUAGAUCAAGUGGAAACAAUUUAUCAACAAAAUUUAUCUGAUAAAGAUUAUUAUCCUGACCAACAAGAGAAACAGCAACAGCAACAGCAACAAACAGAAUCAGAACAAUAUUCACAAGCAAUACCAAUACCAACACCAUCAAAACCCAAUACUUUAUCCAAUUUCGGACCUACAGAAGCAGCAAUUAAAGCAACUGAAAUAUUAGAACAAAAUAUGAAUUUAUUAGUUGAUAGUGCUGAUAAAUCAAUAGUUGAUGUUUUCCAACAAGAAAUUGCUGAAAGAUUUUUCCAAAUUAUUGUUAAAUCAUUAAAAUUACAAACAAUUUCUGUAAUGGGAGCCACUAGAUUAAUUAGUGAUUUAAAUUUAUAUUUUAAAUUUAUUAAUAAUAAUGUUAAAUCAAAUAAACGAUUAAUAUUACCUUUAUAUCAAGCAUUAAUUAAGAUUGGUAAUAUAUAUUUAAUUAGUGGUGAUGAUUCAAAAUCAAUUGGUAAAUUAGUUAGUGAUUUAUCUAAAUUUAAUGGAAUUUUCAGUCAAGAAGAAAUUUAUGAAUUUGUUCAAAGAAGACAAGAUUGGUCAAUUAUUAAAAAACAUGUGGAAAAAGUUAUGUAUGGAUUUGGAUUUGGUGAUUGUACCAUUAGUUAG